AUGGCUAAGAGCUCAUUCAAGACGGAACACCCACUUGAAAGGAGGCAGGCUGAAGCAGCUCGCAUAAGAGAGAAGUAUCCUGAUAGAAUUCCAGUAAUUGUUGAAAGGGCACACAAGACUGAUGUUCCUGAAAUUGAUAAGAAAAAGUAUCUUGUUCCUGCUGAUUUGACUGUUGGCCAGUUUGUGUACGUGGUGCGAAAGAGAAUCAAGCUGAGUCCGGAGAAAGCCAUCUUCAUUUUUGUCAAGAACAUCUUACCACCAACCGCGGCUAUGAUGUCUGCAAUUUAUGAAGAAAAUAAAGAUGAAGAUGGAUUUCUUUAUAUGACUUACAGUGGGGAGAACACCUUUGGAAUGAUGAUGGUCUGA